AUGAACGGACUCCUUAUAUUUGCGUUUCUCAUCUUGAGGAUAUCGCAAUCUCAUGGAACUGCAAUGCUUCAAGGAGAUGUCCAUCUUGGAGGGUUGUUCCAAAUAUUUAGUGAUGGGGAAUGUAAGAAUGAAAUACAAACAAUGUCUGUUCGAAACUUUGAGGCUGUGAAAUGGACACUUAACAUGUUAAAUCAGGAUAAUUAUAUUCCAGGAAUAAAACUUGGUAUAGAAGCCUUUCCAACAUGCAAUAUCAAGGGGAGAGCUGUAGAAUACACCAGUAAAAUAGUCAACAGAAAACUUCAGGAUCAAAUCAAUCAAAAUUUAGUGCCAAUCAUGGGAAUAAUCGGUCCAGAGUACAGUGGAGAAGCUAAAGACACUUCGUUAUACAUAAGCUCAUUGGAAAACAACAACAUGCUCAUACAAACACUUUUCUCCGCUACUUCCUCAUCACUGAGAGAUCGAAAUAAAUAUCAAAAUAUUGUCAGACUCGUUCCUGAUGAUACAAAACAAAUAUCUGUCACCACAUCUCUAUUGCAAAAACUUCAAUGGAACUACAUUGGUGUAGUUUACGAAAACAAUACAUACGGGCGUGGCAACUAUGAAGAUUUUAAAUUUCAGACUCAGUCAAGAAAGAUAUGCAUUGCAUACGCUUCAGCAGUAUCUAUAGAAAAUGGUCUGCUGAAUUCCAGAGACCUACAAUCAGUUUUAGAGUCCAUGAUUUUUAAUGCUGAAAGUAGAAUAACAGGAGUAGUUGUAUUUGCGUCAACCAAAACUGCCACAGUGUUUCUCAAUGUUGCCAACAAACUCAAAGAUCAGUACAAUUUUCAACUUGGAAUCAUCUUUUCUGAAGGAUCCUCUACUAUAGACAAAGUGACUUUAAACCAGUAUCGUGUAGCAAAAGGUUCUUUUUUCACUAGUCCUCCAUGGUUGACUUUUGAGAGUUUCAAAUUGCAUUGGUCGAAUAUUUUGACUAAUAAAACUAUUUUCAGUCAGGAAAUGUCAGGUAAUCCGUGGUUAGGGAAGGUUGUCGAGAAGUUUAUAUCUUGUGAUAUUCAGAACCCUACCUGCUUGAUGCCAACGUUAGCUGACGUAGAUUCUGUCACUGGUGAUAAUGUGUUUGAAGGUUAUGCAAUUUUGUCCACUAUCAUGCAAGCCAAAUUUCUCAAAGACCUCCAAAGAGAGGAAUGUGGAGAAACAGAGGGUUUGUGCAGCAAUCUGAAUAGUACGUUGUGGAACAAUAUUUACAAACUUGUAGAAAGAGGUAAAAAUACAAGUAUAAGUCUUCAGGAAGAAAUGCCUGAUGGUUUACGACAAAACCUAGAAAUAACUUUUAAUGGACGAACUGAAGCUAAUAUAAGAGGAGAUUUGAAUGAAUAUGAAGUUUAUCAUUUCCGAAAUUGCAUUGUCAAAGGCCGAGAAACGUGUUUAGAGAGGGUUGGAUGGUACAACAAUUCAACGUUAAAUUUAAAAACAGACUUGUUAAGAGAUUAUACGAAGAGCGAAAAUGGAUUGGUUUGGCCGGAUAUCAUAAAGGCUCAGUGUGAUUCUCAAAAAAUAUGUGAAUCUUGCCGAAAUGGUAACUUGGCAAAUGAAGUUGCUUUUAAAAAAGGCGAUUUGUAUGUUGCUGCAGUGGUUCCUGUCUACAACAAGUACAUAUACAAUCAUAUGAAGUGUGGUGAUAUUCGUACAUCUAAUGGAUGGGAGAUUAUUGAAGGCAUUCGUUUUGCAGUAGACACGGUGAACGAAAAACUUGGAAAUUUUGCCAAUAUGUUCGGCACAAAGGAGAUCGGAUAUAUAAUUUUUAACAGCUGUAACCAACCGUUGCUAACUCAAGCAAAACUUCUGAACUUUUUCAGGGAAGGGCUAUAUUUAUCCAAUGGUUCUCUAAUUUCAGAUAUUACAAAUAAUACUCUGGGAUUUGUUGCUGCAUAUAGCAGCGACAUCAGCAUAGCAACAGCAAGAAUACUUCAGGACUUUCAUCUUCCUCAAAUAAGUUACGCCUCUACUGCUGCUGUGUUGAGUGACAGAUCUACUUAUAAAUACUUUAUGCGCACGUGUACUCCUGACGACAAACAAGCUCUGGCUAUGAUUAACAUAGUGAAAUCACUCAAUUCUUCGUACAUACAGAUUAUGUACAGUGAAGGAAGCUAUGGCGAGGGAGGAAGGAACGCUAUUGUACGCGUAGCUAAAGAUAUGAAAAUAUGUAUUGCAAAUGAAAUAAUAGUUAAAGAAAAUGAUUACACAAAGAUUCGUGACAAUCUUCAAAAAACUCCGUAUGCUACAGUUGUGCUUCUUUUUUUGGGAAGUCAUGUUGUAAACGACGUUAUGUCUGAACUACAUGAAAGAAUAAAUCCUUGGUCAUAUCUGUUCAUAGGUUCUGAGGCGUUUGGAUUAAGACAAGAUAUAAUUGAUGGUAAAUCCAAGCUAGAAGGAACCAUAUCUUUGUCCCUACAAAUGAAGCCUUUAACUGGGACAUCUAAAUUUGAAAAUUAUCUACAUCAUAGGCUUGCCGACUUUAACAACGAUGUAAAUCCCUGGACACAAGAGUACUUUGAAGAAAGAAACGGUUGUUUCCUGUCCGGCAGCUUUAACAAACUCUCUGCUUCUCAGUGUACGGAUAUUGAGGAAGAAUUUAACAACAAAGACUAUCAACCAGAACUAUGGACCGCCUUCGCUAUUAAUGCCAUGUUUUCUCUUCUGCAAGGAACAAACAAAUCUUUUGCUGAUCUCUGUGGCAGCCAGUCUUCUACUUUAUGUCAAAGGUAUCGAGUUUCCCCACAAAAGGUCUUUGACAUGAUAAAGAAUGAAAAAAUGGUGAUUGAUGAUAGCGGGAUUCCAUCCAAAGUUUUUAAUGAAAAUGGUGAUGGUAAUAUAGGAUACAAAAUAUAUCAAGUCCAGAGGAAGGCCUCAGAUGCCAGUCAACUGAUAUUUGUUGAAAUAGGUCGAUUUACUUUAGAAGAGGGUGGAUACUCGGUUUAUGAGAAGAUAAUAAAAGAUCCCUUUGGAACCUUACCUUCAGUGUGGCCCAAUCCCUCAGAGGAUCAAAGAUGUCAAGAACAGAUGGACAAUCAACCUUUGUCGAAAAGCGAGGACAGUUCUAUGGUACCAGUGAUUUUAGGUAUACUCUUUGGAGUAGCUGUUUUAGCACUAGUAAUUGUAAGCGGGGUCCUGUUUAAAGUCGUUCGUGCUUCUUAUUCUAAUUCCAGACAACGCUCAGUGGAUAACAUUUACCUUGAUCCGACGUUUUCGAGAAAUAACAGUGCUGAUUCAGGCUACAUUAGAAAUCCAAAUGUUGAAGAUGAACAGAAUAUGGAAUGAAGAUCUUCGGACAAACAGGAAACUCACCAAGACGGAAAAAAAUAUGUAUAGUUUUUUUUUUAAAGAUUAUAAGAACAAUUUCAGUUUAUACGAAUUAUAGAAUAUAAUUUAUUUUUCGAAUACAAACGUAUUUAUACCGUACAGCGAUUAAUACGGGAGAAGAAUUUGAGAUUGAAGGAUUAAAACAUAAGAAUUUGACAUAAAAAAAAGGGAGUAGUCAUUUGAAAUUUCAGUAAUCGAUACAUUAAUAGUUACAGAGAAGGAGGUAAUAUUAAUAUGAAGCACUUUUACCUUGCACAUAACUUUUUAUACCAGA